UCAACCACUCAGCGCUAGGGUUGCACUUCUGCAAUGGGAAAUCACACGUGCAUUUUCCUUCCUAACGGGAAAAAGGAAGAAAGCAGCAAAACUGAUGAAUGUUCUGACGUAUCACAUCCCCAAACCGCAGCCUUAAGUGCCAAGCCAGACCUGCCCUGGCAGGGACCCAUUUGCUCCUGAGAGCUCAUGGCUGCCGAGCCACAGCCAGAGGUGCCCCUGGCGGUAAGGCUCCCAUCCACGGAGAAGCCCCUCACGGUGCUGCAUGUGAGCCUGUACCACCCCACACAGGACCCAGACACCUUUGCCAACGUCCCACCGAAGCUGCAGCAUGACACCAACCCGCUGCUGGUGGGGCGGGGCCCGGAGGCCCACCUCCAGCUGCGGCUCCCAUGCCUCUCCCGCAGACACCUGUCGCUGGAGCCCUACCGGGAGAAGGGUGGCACUCCCCUGGCCUUCUGCCUGAAGGCCCUGAGCCGCAAAGGCUGUGUGUGGGUCAACGGGCUGACUCUGAGGUUCCUGGAGCAGGUUCCACUGAGCGUGGUCAACAGGGUUGCCUUCUCCGGCAUCCAGAUGGUGGUCCGCAUAGAGCGAGGCACCUCCCUGGAGGCCUUUGUCUGCUGCUUCCAUCUCAGCUCCUCGCCCCUGAUUCACAGGCCCCAGGCUGAGGAGACUGAUGAAUGGGAAAGCAAACCCCAGGAGCAGCCGCCCCCAAGUUCGGGGCAGCGAGCUCCAGAUCACCCGGGGCUUCACCACGGCCCUUCCCAUCCAAGCCCUGGAGGAGGAACAGAAACACAGCUCCAGGAGCCCCCAGAAAGUAUGCUCUACUAGCCCCGCCAGCGGCCCAGAGCAAGGCUUACCUGAAAUAGAACUUGAACUCUUGUAGCUACAUCAUGUGAGGCUGACAAGCAAGACGGGCCUGGUAAUAAUGAACAGAUUCUGCAAACACGAACAGCCUGGGCUGGGGGAGCACCCUCCAUGGUUACAGCUACGUCAAGGAAAGGGAACUUUGUAUACGUUAGAGGCCCUGAGGGCUUCUGAGAGCCUUUCUCAGCCUUUCCCCACAUUUCCCCCGGCCUGUCUGCCUAGGAGUUACUUUAUGUGGCUAAUUUCGUGAGCCGCUUAAGAGCUGGAGUCUGAGGUUGCACGAGGAAUGCAUGGACACAUGUACCAAUUACGUUCGUGGUAGCUCGGGGUUACCUUGGGCUUUCUAAUACCCACAGGCACUCAGGGCUUAGGGAAGCCUGUGUUUAAUAAACUGUAAGUAUUUCAUUAA